AUGGCCGCCGAAGUCAAGCCCAUAUCUCACAUCAAGCUGCCCUCGCGGCCUUCCGCAGCCACCCCGGAGCAAACAUACUGGCGCAGUUUCAAAUCUCCGCAAAACCUCACCUCGCCCGCGAACCAAGCAAUCACACAUAUUACACAGCCAGGAGCGCCUCUCAAUGCGGCAACAAGUCCCUCAGAGUUCUUUGCAGUGACUACGGGCGCUCGCGUGCAACUUUUCUCGCAUCGUACCCGCAAGCUCGUCAAGACGAUAAGCCGAUUCGAUGACACUGCAUAUAGUGGCGAGCUCCGAGCCGACGGCCGUGUCCUGGCUGCAGGAGACGAAACCGGCACGAUACAAGUUUUUGACGUUGGCUCACGCGCGAUUCUGAAGACAUGGAAGCAGGCAAAACAACCGGUGCGGACAGUAAAGUGGCACCCAACUGAGCCUACGUCCCUCAUGUCUUGCGGCGACGACACCACGGUUCGCACAUGGGAUCUACCAGCAGAAAAGUCAGAAACAACACUAAGAGGGCACACCGACUAUGUGCGGUGCGGUGCGUACCUGCCGAGCUCAAAUCUCUUAGUUUCGGGCUCUUACGAUACAACCAUAAAGAUAUGGGAUCCACGAACUUCUGCGGCAGUCAUGACCUUCACGCACAACGCUGGCAUCGAAUCUGUACUUCCCAUGCCCGAUGCCCAGACAUUGCUGGCUGCUGCAGGUCCCACUAUCGCUGUCCUCGACAUUGUUGCAGGCAAACCUCGACAAAUUCUCACAAACCACCAGAAGACUGUCACAUCGCUAUGCCUUGCUUCACAUGGCAGCCGGCUCGUGUCAGGUGCGCUAGACGGUCAUAUGAAGGUCUUCGAGACAGUGGGAUGGAAUGUGGUCGCUGGUUCAAGGUAUCCAUCGCCGAUACUAAGCCUUUCGGUUGUUGUCUCAGGUUCUGCUCGUGAGGACAAGCACAUUGCAGUGGGUACAUCGUCAGGAUUGCUGAGCAUCAAGACGCGACUUUCUGGUGAACAAAAAGCGAAAGAGCGCGAGAGACAGAGAGAAAUGGAUGCGCUGCUAGCUGGUAAAAUUGCUGAUUACGACGCCAAACAAGCCAAGAAACGAGGGCGUGGAUGGGAGAAGCGUUUCCGUGGGAAAGAUUACGAUGGCGGAGAUGCAGACCUCAUCAUCGAAGGCAAUGACCGAACGAAACCAAAAAAGCUGAAGAAAUGGGAGCAAAGCUUGCAUAAAGGCCGAUAUGCCGAAGCACUCGACUUUGCCUUGGAUGGGCGUGACAGAAUGACUGUCUUUACGUUGCUGAAUCACCUCAGGUACCGUUCGGCUCUCCGGGCGGCUCUCGAGGGCCGCAAUGAGACAACACUUCAACCUAUGUUGGGCUGGGUCUACGACAACAUCAGCAGCUCCAAUGAACGCUUCGUCGGUCUCUGUGUCGAGACUUCGAUGACGAUAAUGGAGUUGUACGCCCAGGCCCUGACCGAAAGCCCUGUGCUAGAGAAACAUAUCAACAAGCUCCGACGACGAGUUCUAGAAGAAGUGGAACGUGCAAAGAUGGCCAGCGAGACAAUGGGCAUGCUCGGUCUGGUAUGGGAAGGAGUUGCGGAACCCUGA